AUGUCGACCCCGGACGCUGGCAUGGCCAGGCUCAGGAGGCAGGCAGAACCGCCGCCGAUAGCGCCCGUCGACGAUUCGCUGCCCGACCUGCCCGAGUACGACGAUGGCCAGUGGCACGCCGAUACGCCCAGCGCAAUAGCGACGCCGGCGGCCCCGGCAUCCAUCGGAUCAGCCUCAAUGGUCAGGCCAGUGGCUCCAACUUCGGCGAGCGCAGCUUUCUCGGCCACGCCCGUCCCCUCCUCCGCCUCGAUCGCCCGCAGUUCGAUGUCGGCCUCGAGCAGCCUGCCAUCCCCAAGAUCGACUGACACUCCCGACGCCCAAAAGGAGCAAGAUGGCAGCGACGACGACUCGGGCUUCAAGGUGGCCUACCUCACGCCCGUCUUUGUCCUGAUCGGCGUCUUCCUCAUCUGCAGCCUGGGCGGGCGGCUGUGGGGCAAGAUGUGGCACGCCCGCAAGCGGGAGGCGCGGCGCCGCGAUCGGCAUGCCCAGCGUCUGGCGAGCGACCUGGGCACCGAGAGCAACCAUCCAGGCUCAUGGGACGGGCGGCCCCUGAGCCUGCACGACAAGGAGUCGGCCCUCGACGACAUCGGGUACGACUCGGACGACGACGACGAAAAGUAUCCAGGCACCUUCCACGUCCUCAGCCAGCGCAUCCUCGGAGACAAGGGACGCGUGGUUCCGCCCACGACGCGGUCCAGGACGGGCAAGCACGAGGGCAAGGUUCAGUCCAACUCGUGGCUAGCGGUCCAGGUGCGGCGCAUGGUUUCGCCCGAAGGGUCGCAGCUGGAUGUCGACCGGUACACGUCGGUCCACCAGCCGCUGCGCCAGGCGGCGUCGCGCGACCGGCUGCGGCAGAUGAGGGGAGACCUCGAGGCGGCCCCAGAGAACGGCAGCCUGCUCGGGCCGGACCGUGGCCCAGCCGCCGAGAGGCAGGCGGGUCCAUCCAUGUGGUCCAAGCUCGUCGGUCGGUGGGCUGCAGAAAGAUCUUCCCCGGGCGACGUCGAGCCCAUCAAAGGCAGAGGGCUGGGUCUAUCGUUCAACGACCCAGGCGAAUCCGAGAAGCUCUGGGGCCGGCCGGCUUUGCAGAGCUCGCCGUCCAGUCUGAGUCGCUUUCAUGGACAAUCAGACGGCGGCGGAGGGAUGACGAUGCUGCCGCAGCCCAAGUUCGCCUCGUCCGACGUCUCCUUCUCCCGCCAUCCAUCGACGCUCAGUGCCAAUAAUCUGCGAUCGCGGUCCAGGGGCUAUUACAAGCCGCUCCCGGAGAUCGUGGACCUGCCCACGCCCGUCGUGGAGCCCCGCGGCCCCGGGAUGGGAGCCGGCUCCAGCGGGGCGCCGCAGCACGCCUUCAACUCGCAGGAAGGCUACGACGACCUUCAGCUCGACUCCGUCGUCGUGCUGGACCGCAACCUGAGCCAGGCGCACAGCGAAGGGACGUACAGCGCAGCAGGGACCACCGUCUCUGCCGAUUCGCAGCCAGAGUCUCGCGCCGGGUCGCAAGGGCCCGCAGCGGCACUGAAUCGCAGCAAGACCAAGCGCCGGCCGGGCACCACGUACAUGUACGACGAGCAGCUGCCUUCCGAGGAGCACUACCACAAGACCCCCUCGCCGCCGAUGGAGACGCCGAGAAAGUGGCGUCCACACGCCGCCUCGAUGUCGUCGCCGGUGGGUAGGGAAGGCAGCCUGCGCGACGGCGGCAGUGUGCUGACUCCCCCCGCCAAGGUGGCGAGGACGGCGACGAUGUCGUCCAAGUCCGAGAUGCUCCUCUCGCGCGUGCAGACGCAGCAGCGCAGCACGACCGACUACAUCGCCUCGACCAGGCCGCUCGACCGACCGCUGACGCAAGAGGGUCGUGAGGAAGCCGAUGCCGCCGCGCAUGGCGCCAUCCAGCACCAGGCGAGCCCGCCCGUGCGCCCGACGCCGACGCGUGCCAGUCCGCGGAAGUCGGUGUCGAAGCGAGCGACGGGCGAGGCAGAAGCAGAAGCGGCAGCAGCAGCAGCGGUUGCAGCUGCCGCGGUGACAGCGGCGGAGGUCGCGGAGGAUGCCCCAAAAAGGAGCCGACCGAGCGCACCAGAGCAGAUGGAAGAGGUGCCGAAGCCAGUGUCAAGAUCCAAGACUGUCAGCCGUGCCAAGAGCACGCGCACCAAGCUCGACGACCGCAGGGCAGCAGCCGACGCAACGAGCCCCGGCCAGCUGACGGCCAAGGAGCUGACGGAUCUGCUCAACACGCCCGGCCUCUCGCCCGAGGCGCAUGCCUCCACGCUCGCCGACCUCCUGGCCCUGUACGAGGACGAGAGCGACGUGCCCGACACUCCCGACCUCGCCCGAGGCGACCCGCUUCACGCUCGAUCGCGGGCAGUCGGCGAAGGUGCGAGCUCGGACGAGGAAUCGCUCGCCACCGACACCGAGGCCACGGGCCGGCCCCCUGCCGCUUCGGCCAGGGAGGCGGCAGCAGCUGCGAGGGGCGCGGGAAAGCCUCAGCGAUCCGGCACGGUGCGCACCGUGGGGCUUAGCGAGUCGGUGGCGGACAAGUCGGCCUUCUACACCCCGCUCCCGGGCAUCGACGACGGCGAGGCAUUCGUGCCGACCUACAUGCAGAUGGACGAGCCGGGCAGCCUCGACCAUGUCUUUGACGUGCUCUCGAGGUACGUCGGGGUGGACCCAGGCACUCCCGAGGUCAUGCCCGAGCGGAGGGACGGUCGUGGUGAUCGUCAGACGAUGCAGGAGCAGCGGGAGCAGCAGCACUACGGGCAAGCCGCCGAGCCGACGACACCCAAGUGGGCCGGCGCUGCACGUCAGCCCGACACGCCACUGUCGCGCAAGAAGACGUGGGCCAAGGGCGAGGACGGGCGGUGGUACCGUGCCGACGAAGAAGAGGGUGGGAGCAUCGCCGCCUCGUCUCCGGGGACGCCCUAUCGUCGCUUCGCGACUGACUCGAGCGCAACGACGCCGUCCCGCGCCGCAGCGGCACCGCGGGGCCCAGGAUCGACGGUCUCGUCGACCGUUCUGGCUUCGUCGACGGCCUCGCAGCAGGAUCAUCUGCCGUCCUCGCUGACCGUCGCCUCGCCCAAUCCUCUGGACCGCAUCGCCUCGCCGCCGCCGACGAUGCGACACGACCUCUUCUUCGCCUCGCCCGCUAGCCCGACUUCGGUCGUGACCCGACCGCGCACCCAGCUGCCCCAGCAUGGCGGCAACGCCAGCCCCGUUCGUCGCGCGAGGGACCAGGCCGAUGCGGGCAGCGCCAUCGCCUCGUCGUCGUCGACGGUGAUGCCGAGCUUUGGCAGCGUCGUCGGCGUCGCAGCGCCCGUCUCACCGGCGUCACGGGUCUACGCGCAGGAGCAGCAGGAGCGCCCGGCGCACCGGACCAACACCAAGACGAGGCGGUGGGUGAGCGAGCAGGCCUCGCCGCCGUCCGUCCCUUCCGCUUGGAGCCCCAUCGACCAGCAUGGCCACGGGCGCGGGAUGCACUCCUCCACCGAGAGCGAGAGCGGCAGUGGCAGCGGUGGGGGAGCGGGCAGCGGCAGCCCGCAGCGUCGCUCGGCGCUCGUCAAGCGGGCCCGCCCCCCGAGGCGGUACCAGGCCACGCUGAGCGGCGGGCCAAAGUCGAGCCCGUUUGAAGGCGCCGCCGGUACUACCUCUCCCUCGCCCUCGAGUGGUGGCGAGGGUACUCCCUCGGCAGCUGGCAUGGCGGAGCGCCAGGAUCGCACUCGCUCGCCGGGCGCUGCUGCUGCCGCCGCCGCCGCCACCGUCGUGCAGACGCCACUGGAAAAGGAGCGGCAGCGGCAGGAGGCCCUCGACCGCGUCCGCUCGAUUGUCAACCGCGGCUACCUGUCCAAGAGCGGCUCGUCGGUCGACGACGGCGCCUCGUCGCUGUCCUGA